AUGGACACCGAAUAUGUUUCCGAGUACGGUCCGCGGGAGGGCUACGCCCGCGACAAGAAGGACAAGGGCCUUUCCUACCAACGGCGGCUGCGCAAUCGUCAGGCCAAGAAGGUGCAGCGCGAGCUGGACGGGCUGGGCCUUGACGACUUUGACGAAGAGCGCGUGGCGAGGGAGGAGUACAACAAAGAACACGAUGCGGCGGCCCAGGUGGGGCUUCCGCCCAGCAUGCUGUCGUGGCGCGAGAAGCGCGAGCUGCCAGCCACCGCCGCGGCCGAUUCCGAGGCCUACGUGGUGGUCAGGAACUCGGUGCUUUGCAAGUGGCUCAAGAACCCCCACGAGUACCUCACCCGCGCCGAAGCCAUCAAGGGCCUGCGGGCGAAGCACGCGCCGACGGCGAAGCUGGCGCACGACUUCCUGACGCGCUACGGCUACAUCAACACCGGCGUGUUCGAUAAUCCGCGGAAGGAAUGGAACAAGGAGAAGGUCAUCGUACUCGGCGCGGGCGCGUCCGGUCUCGCGGCGGCCAAGCACCUUCACCACCUCGGCUAUCAGGUGACAGUGUUGGAGGCGCGAGAUCGGGUCGGCGGGCGAGUCAACACAAACAGCUCGUUGGGCGGCGAGAUCGACCUGGGCGCCAUGGUCGUGACCGGUACGAUUGGUAAUCCGGUGUUCAACCUCAUCAAGCAGGUGCGCGAGGAGGUGCACAUACUCGAGAGCGACUGCCCGCUGUACACCGCCGCUGGCAUUCCUCCGCCGGCGGACCUCGACGAAAAGGUGGAGAAGGACUUCAACGACGUGCUCCGGCUCACCAACAAGGUCCAGUACUGGGACCUGAUGCGCGAGGAGAAGAACACGGCGGUAGUGUUCGGCAAAGCGGCGUACGUCAAGGAGGAGAAAAAGCUGGUGGUGCCCGCCCCCCGCGAGGAGGAGCAAGGCGCCAAGAAGGCGGAGACGCCCCGCGUGAAGAAAGAAGAGGAGGAGGAGAAAAAGGGGGAGGAGGACUCGAUCCAGGUGCCCUCGAUGGAGGAGGACAUCGAGGCCGAGGCCGAGGCCAAGCCCGAUACCGAGGCCCAGCAGCAGCAGCGACAGGGUGACGAGGCCGCCAAGUCCGAACCGUUCGAGCAGCCCGCCAGCGUCGAAGACUCCGUCGCGCCGGAGGUGAAGCAGGAGACCACGACAGAGGUGAAGCAGGAGGCCACAACGGAGGUGAAGCAGGAGACCGAGGAACAGAAGGCCGAGGCUCUGGCCACCUUCUACGCCGAGCUCAUGGGCGAAGACGCCGGCCAGCCCGGGGCCAGCGUCAAGGAAGAGGAACCCAGCGAGAAGGGAGGAGCCACGACCACCAAGGCCUCGCCUCCGCCCAGGAAGCGAGUGGUGUCGCUGGCCGCGGCGCUGUCCCUCCCCAGCUCCUCCGAGAAGAUUACCGACCGUACAUCGCUGGGCCGUGCAAUCGAUCAUGUGCUCCAGGAGCAGAAUCUCUAUCCCGAGUACACGCCGCUUGAACGAUCGACAUUUGAUUGGCACGUGGCCAACCUGGAGUACGCAUGUGCGGCUGAGCUGGCCGACAUCUCGCUCCGUCACUGGGAUCAGGACGAUCAAUACGAUUUCGAGGGCCACCACUGCCUUCUGCAGAGGGGCUACGGCACGGUCCUGCAAAAGCUGGCCGACGGGCUGGACAUCCGCUACGGCCACCCCGUGGAGUCGCUCCACUACGACGACGACGGCGUCCGGGUGACCACCUCGAACGGCGACACAUUCGAGGGCGACAUCGUUCUCGUCACGCUCCCGCUCGGCGUUUUGAAGCAGGGGGCGGUGAGCUUCGAGCCUCCCCUGCCGGGCUGGAAGGUGGACGUCAUCAACCGGAUGGGGUUCGGCAACCUGAACAAGGUGGGCCUCCUCUUCCCUAGCGUGUUCUGGGACGACACCAAGGAUUACUUUGGCGUGUGCGACGACGAGAUCGCCCAACGGGGCGAGUGCUUCAUCUACAACAACAUGCACCGCUGCAUGAAGAAGCCGAUCCUUCUGGCGCUGGUGGCUGGCGGUGCGGCCUACACGCACGAGGAGCGGAGCGACGAGGAGAUCGUGGCCAGGGCCAUGCGCAAGCUGCGGCAGGUCUACCCGGGCUGCCCCGAUCCCAUCAACCACGUCAUCACCCGGUGGUACAGCGACCCGUUCGCCCGGGGCUCCUACUCCUACGUGUCCGUCGAUGCCUCAGGUGACGACUACGACAUGCUGGCGCGUCCCGUUUCGCUCCGCCUCUUCUUCGCGGGCGAGGCCACGCAGCGCGAACAUCCCGCGACGGUGGCCGGCGCCUACCUCAGCGGCUUGCGCGAGGCCGGCCGCAUCGACCGGGCGUGGAGCGGACCGUUGGAGUCGGAGGAGCUCGUCGCGCGGGCCACCACCGGCAAGCGCAGGUCCGCCGCGAGCGAGUCCAAGAGCCGCAAGAGCGCGACGCAGAGCCUCGGUGCCAUGCCGCGCUUCAAAAAGAAGGCCAGCAGCUCCGGCAACGGGCACGAUGAUCGCGACCGCGACCGCGACCGCGACAGGGAUCGCUAUGACCGCGACGACGACCGGGACCGACGUCGCGACCGAGACGACCGGGACAGACGGGACCGCGACAGAGACCGAGACCGCGACCGUGAUGCGGACUACGACCGCGACAGAGACCGAGAACGGGACCGCGACGGCGAUAGGGACCGAGACCGCGACCGCGACCGAGACCGGGACCGACGAAGUGAUGGGUGGGACCGGCGGGAGAACGAGAAGCGGAAAACGCCGCCACGAUCGUCGUCGCCGCCGUCGCAGCAGAAGAAGUACCGCUGGGAGGACGCCUUCCCGCCGUCGUCUGCGACGUCGGGGUCGUCUCAGUCGGCGCUGCCCGCGCCCGUGGGCCAGCUGCCCUUCCAGCCCCGUCCGCCACUCAUCGCCUCGGCACCGCCACGAGUCAUGGGCCUCCCCACGCCGCCGCCCUAUCUCAUCAACAGCGGCCAGCCGCAGCCGCAGCCGCAGGGCAUCAUGCCGCCCGCGCUCGCCGGCGCCUACAACCCGGCCUUCCCCACGCACCUGGCCAACCGGCCUCCCCUCCACAUGACGCCGCCGCCGCUCCACCACCACCAGCAACAGCACUACCCGCACAGCAGCAGCAGCAGCAGAUGCCGGCGGGCCUCCACCAGUUUGCCGCGAUGGGCGGCGGCGCCCAGCCGUUCAUGCCGACGCCCCAACAGGCCGCCAUGA